AUGGCCCCUAAAUUAGUCUUUGUUCUUCCAGUUGUGCUCCUCAGCUUAGCGUUCCAGGUGAUUCUCCGGCCACCGCCCCAAAAACUCUGCGGUUCCCCAGGUGGCCCUCCUCUGAUGUCUCCCAGGAUCAAACUCAGGGACGGAAGAUACCUUGCAUACAGAGAAGAUGGAGUACAGAAAGACAAGGCCAGGUACAAGAUCAUCACAGUGCAUGCGUUUGAUAGCACCAAGGACUUCCCCUUACCUGUUUCUAAGGAGCUUGUGGAAGAAUUGGGAAUUUACCUCCUUGCUUAUGAUAGAGCUGGAUAUGGGGAAAGCGACCCGAAUCCCAAGCGGGAUGUCAAGAGCGAGGCACUGGAUAUCGAGGAGCUUGCUGACCAGCUGGGGCUUGGGCAGAAGUUCUAUGUCUUAGGGGCCUCAAUGGGAGGAUACUCAGUUUGGGGAUGCCUCCAGUAUAUACCACACAGGCUUGCAGGAGCUGCGAUGGUUGUGCCAAUUAUCAACUACUGGUGGCCUUCUUUCCCAGCUGAAUUAUCCAGGCAGGCCUUCAAGAGACUGGUUGUGCCAGAGCAGAGAACUCUUUGGAUUGCACAUAACAUACCAUCCUUGCUUUACCUGUGGAUGACCCAGAGGUGGUUCCCUUCUUCUGCAGCAGCCAUGCACCACCCUGAAAUAUUUAGCAAGCAUGAUAUGGAGGUUCUUCAGAAGAUGAUGGCAAUGCCAAAAACCAUUGAGAAUAAAUCAAGGCAGCAAGGCAUUUAUGAAUCAAUCCACCGUGAUUUACUUGUCGCUUUUGGAAGUUGGGAGUUUGAUCCAAUGAACAUUACCAAUCCAUUUCCUCAAAAUGAGGGUUCUGUACACAUCUGGCAAGGAUACGAAGAUAGGUUGGUGCUUGUUGAGCUGCAGAGGUACAUUUCCAACAAGCUUCCAUGGAUCAAGUAUCAUGAAGUCCCAGAAGGUGGACACAUGUUCAUGCUGGUAGAUGGAUGGACCGACCGAAUUCUCAAGGCACUCUUGUUAGGAGAAGAGUCCCUAGAUGUGUGA